GAAUCGGCCAUACCUGGCAAUUCAUUAUAUAUCACAUUCAAAGUGAGAAGAUGUCCUAACCGCUAAAGUUGUGAAAAAGAAAAAGUUAAGGCCGAAGGUAAGGUUUCAGUCAAGAUCUUACCAAAAUGGCUGAAUAUCAAAACGAAGCAAAGCGAAUGAAAAUGGAUAAUGGCGUCGAAGUGUUGCAUAACGGCAAAGAUUCGUCCUCAACCAACACAAACUUAUGCGCUUCGAUAAUUCAUAAAUUGUAUCUGGAUGAAAAGACUGCUGACAUUCACUUCUCAUUCGGAGCGAAUGGCAUCGAACGCGUUCCAGCUCACAAACUGAUUCUGUCAACAGGCAGCAAUGUUUUCGAAACCAUGUUUCAUGGUUCGCUUCCAGAAGGCGAUGUAGUUAACAUAGUGAGUGGCGAUUCAUCAGCGUUUAAAGAAUUUUUGCAGUUUUUCUACUUGGACGACAUAACAAUGACAUCGGACAACAUCGCUCAAGUGAUUAACUUUGUCCAGCAAUAUGGAAUCGAAAGAUGUAUGGUCCAGUGCAUUGAUUUUCUAAAAAACACGAUGACCAACAACGACGUCUGUAAGGCUUACCACUUGGCUCUUCAAUUUAAUUUGGACGAUUUGAAGCGAUUUUGUGAAAGAAAAAUUUCUGGUAACGCUGAGGAUGUCUUAAAAACGGAUGACUUUCUCAACUGUGAUCGGACUGUACUGCAACAUAUCUUGAAAAUGGAUUCUUUGUUGUGCGAAGAAACAAACAUUUUCGAUGCUUGCAUAGCGUGGGCUAAAAAGUCUUGCGAAAAGAAAGGGCAGGAUGCUGGCAUUGUAAAAAAUUUACGAAAGCAAUUGAGUGGAGAGAUGCGUUUCAUUCAUUUUCGUCGAAUGAAAUUCGAAGAUUUUGUGUCGCGCAAUGCAGAGUACUUUGACCUAUUCUCGAUCACGGAUGUACGGGAUAUUUUGCAGAUCAUUGCAAACAAAGAAUUCAAAUCCGAUUUGUUCACAACAAAGCCUCUUAGCUACGAAAUAUUCACUUGGGAUGAAAAACGCGUUUUUGAGUGUUCACUUUCCGAUAAAUUGAGACCCGGAUUUGAUCCAUUCCGACAGACGAAAGAUUCAUUCACAUUUUCGUGCAAUAAGCCACUUCUGUUGAAAAGAAUUAAAUUGGCGAAAGUUAAAUUUACCAGACAAGCCAUAUUUGGCCGUGACAGCCGUGACCCUGACACCAUUAAAAUUGAUUUGUUUCAAAUUUACCAUGGAAAAUUCACUGAAGAGUCACUUUUUAAGGCCAAUUUUUGUAUGAGUUCUGAAGAAGAUAUUUUUGUUGAAUUUGACAAACCCAUUAUCAUCCAUCCAAAGCGCUCGUAUAAAAUUGUAAUGAGCUCUGCUCAUAACGGACAAUUCAAUAUAGCAACAGCUAAUGGAACAGUAGAGCUUGGUGCUCUUCAAAUAAUGUUCAACGGUUGCGGAUUAGUCAGCGCAAUGUUCUUUAACCGAAUCUAAUUUUCGAUGGAAAUUUGUUAAUUUUUUUUUCGCUUAAUAAAACUUCGCGAAGGAGUUCAAGAUCCGU